AUGAUUGUAUGAUACUGAGAGUGCAACAAUUUCUCUACAGAUCUCGCUUGGAACGACUGUUGGCCAGCGAUAGACGGGCGAUGGAGAAGCUGUUGUUGGGCCUGGUGCUGUUGGGAGGGCUGGUUGCCUGGGCCCAGGGCUGCCCCUUCCACUGUACGUGCCAGAACCUGUCGGAGUCGCUCAGCACGCUGUGCGCGGACAAGGGCCUGCUCUUCGUGCCGAUCAACAUCGACCGGCGCACGGUGGAGUUGCGCCUGGCGGACAACUUUAUCCGCACGGUGGAGCAGCAGGACUUCCUCAACAUGUCGGGCCUGGUCGACCUCACCCUCUCACGCAACACCAUCGGCUUCAUCCAGCCCUUCUCCUUCGGCGAUCUGGAGAGCUUGCGCUCGCUGCACCUGGACGGCAACCGGCUGGUGGCCUUGCGUGAGGACAAUCUGAGCGGCCUGGUCAACCUGCAGCACCUGAUCAUCAACAACAACCAGCUGGCCAGCAUCGUGGCCAGCGCCUUCGACCACUUCCUGGCCACACUGGAGGACCUGGACCUGUCCUUCAACAACCUGCAGCGGGUGCCGUGGGGGGCCAUCGGGGGGAUGGGCAACUUGCACACCCUCAACCUGGACCACAACCUGAUCGAGCACGUGGACGCGGGCACGUUCGGCGAGCUGCUCAAGCUGGCGCGGCUGGACAUGACCUCCAACCGGCUACAGACCCUGCCCCCUGACCCGCUGUUUGCCCGCUCCCAAGCCGGGCUGGUGACCCCCACCGCCUACGCCCCGCUUGUGGCCCUCAACUUUGGGGGCAACCCCUUGCACUGCAACUGCCAGCUACUGUGGCUACGACGCCUGGCGCGGGACGAUGAUAUGGAGACGUGCGCCACGCCGGCCCCCCUAGCGGGCCGCUACUUCUGGCGGGUACCGGAGGAGGAGUUUGUGUGUGAGCCCCCCCUGAUUACACGACACACACACAAGGUGUGGGUGCUAGAGGGACAGCGGGCCACGCUGAAGUGCCGGGCCAUCGGAGACCCCGAGCCGGAGAUCCACUGGGUCUCGCCCCGGGACCGCAUGGUGUCCAACUGCUCCAGGGUGACCUCCUACGGCAACGGGACCCUGGACAUCCUGGUGGCCACGGCGGGGGACGACGGCGCCUACACGUGCUUCGCCGCCAACGCAGCGGGCGAGUCGACGGCCCGGGCCGAGCUGAGGAUCAUCCCCCUCCCCCACCGGGGCGACGGCAACGGUAACGGCAACGGCAACGGCACCGCCCCGCGGCUCCCGCACGCCGGCCCCGGACGCACCCCCGGCUCCUCGGACAUCAGCACCUCCACCCGGCCCCUGGUCAACGGCACGGAGGGCCGGCGGGAGCGCCAGGGGGCCGUGUCCGUGGGCGACGUGACCGGGACCGCCGCCCUGGUGCGCUGGACGGCCCCCGCCUCGCGUCACGCCGUGUGGAUGUACCAGAUCCAGUACAACUCCUCCGUGGACGACACCCUGGUCUACAGGAUCAUCCCGUCGAGCAGCCGAGCGUUUGCGUUGAGGAACCUGAUCUCGGGUGUGGACUACGACCUGUGCGUGCUGGCGAUCCACGGAGACGCUGCCACGCAGCUGGCAGCCACGGCGGUGGUGGGCUGCGCCCGGUUCGGUACGAGCGAGGAGUACCCGCACUGCCACCCGCUCCACGCCCGCCUGCUGGGCGGUACAUUGACGGUGGCAGCGGGCGGGGUGGUGGUGGUGGCGUUGUUGCUGUUCACCGUGGGGGCCCUGGUCAAGUACCGGCUGUGUGGUGGCGGGGGGCAGCCGCCCAAAGUCAGCGACGUCCACUCACAGACUAACGGCGCGAUGGCGGCGGUCAACACCAAGGUGGCGGUGAGUCUGGCAUCAUCUCCCCCCUCAUCCUCCUCCGCCCUCCAUCAACGGGGCAAGCGCUUCCGACCCAGGGUCAGGGGGAAGCGAGGAGGCGUGGCCGAGGGAUCGGGCCCCGGACGGGACCGUGAUCGAGACCGAGACCGACCCCGGCCACCACCACCACCGCCACGGCUCCUCCUGCUCCCCAAAGCCAAGCGCAGCUGCUCGCUGGACAUGGGCGAGGCGGCCGCCUGCCACGGCUACGCCAAGAGCUUCGGCGCCAUUUGGACUAAGCGGAGCCAGUCGGUCCACGGGACGCUGGUGGAGCUGGCCGGCGGUGGCGGCGGCAACAACCACGAUGACGGCUACGGCUUGGUGGACAACCGGACCACCCUGUGCAGCUCCGGCGAGAUGGAGGAGAGCAUCGUCUAAGCCGCACCCCCCCCCCCCACAUCUCCAUCUCCAUCUCCAUCUUCUCCUCAGCUUGGAGGGGAGAAGGAGGAGGACGCCAUUUUGUUCAAGGAUAUCCUGCCACCACAUAUUGUGGGAUAUUGUGGCUGCCCCGCCGUUGGUUUGGACCCAAGAGGAUGUUUUCUGGGUGAGGGGGGGAGAGGGAGAAGCUUUGCCGCCUUUCCCCGUCGUUUUCUGUUGGAAUGAGGACUGGUGCUCCCUCGCCUCUUAAAAUGGACGCCGUGGGAAGAUGGACGCUCGACGGACAAGGCCUCUCAAGGCCAAGAACAGCCCUAAAGGCCACACUGCGGCUUUAAUGGACCCUGAUCUCUCGCCUCGGACGGAGAGCACGACAAACAGGCCUGCAUGGAAGGGGGAAAAACGGGAGCCAGGCCUGGUUGCGUACAACUUGUCCUGGCCUGUACAACUGGUCCAUUCGCCCUGUGUGGGACACAGAAAUGCUGGAGUAACUCAGCGGGACAGGCAGCAUCUAUCUCCUGGAGAGAAGGAAUGGGCGGCGUUUCGGGUCCGAGACCCUUCGUCAGACUGGUCAAGGGGAAGGAGGGGAAGGAGAGAUGUGGAGAGACACAGAAACAUGGAAUGGAAGAUAGGCAAACUAAGUAAUGAAGGACAGGGAAACAGGCUGUUGUUUGCUGCUUGCUGGGUGAGAACGAGAAGCUGGUGCGACUUGGGUGGGGGAGGGGUGGAAAAAGAGAGAGGGGGGG